CAAUAAGGUCCUGACUGAUCUCUUAGAUAAAUUUUGUUAAUACAAAAAAUAAUACCUUGAAAUCUGAACCGAAACCUACAACGACCAAGUUCUUUGUUGCUCAUUAAUAUUCUGCCCUUGGGAAUCCUGAAGCAUCCAUCUUCCUUAAGCGCAAUGUCGACCGAGACCGAGGGUACUUUCGAGGUGGCAGAUGCCAGCCUCCAUACCAAGACCUGGACUCCCGAAGGUCCCAUCAAAGCAUAUUUGGUGCAUGUCCAUGGCUUCAGCGAUCAUGUCAAUUGGUACAAUGACGUAUAUCGAAUCGUAGCUUCGCAUGGCAUACAAGUGUUUGGCUUCGAUCAAAGAGGUUGGGGCCGAAGUGUGAAGCAGCCCUCCGACAAGGGAAAUACUGGCCCAACAUCACGCGUCAUUGCAGAUAUCGCCGCUUUUAUUGAGAGCAAACUGCCUUCGGAUGUCCCGGUCUUUGUUCUGGGCCACUCUAUGGGCGGCGGCGAGGUCAUCACACUUGCUGCUGACCCUCAAUAUGCCAAACUCGUGAGCCAAGUUCGCGGCUGGUUGCUCGAGGCACCAUUCAUCGGAUUCGCCCCUGAGGAAGUCCCAAGUUCGUUCAAGGUCUUUGCAGGGCGACUAGCUGGUAAAAUCCUUCCCAAGUUUCAGCUCAAACACGUACUCGAUGUUGCCAACCUGACGCGAAGGCCAGAGGUGGCCAAGGGUUUCAAAGAAGAUCCUCUGUGCCACGAUACAGGCACACUGGAAGGGUUGGCCUCGCUCCUGGAUCGCACAGGAGCUCUUCAGUCAGGUUCCGUGAAGCUGGGUAAAGAGGUCAGGUCGCUUUGGCUUGGCCAUGGCGACCACGAUAAAGCGUGCAGCUACCAGGCGGCCAUAGAUUUCGCCCAGAAACAAGAUAUCGAGGACAAGACCGUCAAGACGUACGUGGGGGGUUAUCAUGCGCUACAUGUCGACCUGUGCCAGGAGGAAUAUGCCAAAGAUAUCACUGACUGGAUCUUGGAAAGGAGCAGCCAAGACCAGAAACCGAUCGAGGCCAAGCUAUAGAGUAGCUGCUAUAGAGGAGGAUCUGUGGAUGCACGGGUAUCACUGGUUUCAAGCUCUGUUGUUUUCGAGAUGGCCAGUAUCGCUCGAUACUGCGUAACUGUUUUCGGCUUUUUACAGAUAGCGAGACUAUGUUAGUCCUAUUAUAUGCUUUGCUUUGUGGCUGACUGUAUGUAUGUAUAUCAUCCCCCGACCACUUAUCUCUUGACAGGGUAAAUGCGGCUGUAGCUCGCAACCCAAAGCCAAUAGAUUGACUUGAUGGGUCAAUAAUUUCAGCUUCUGCAGUCUUGGCACCAAGUCCU